AUGGGCCUAUCAUACCACUUUAAAACUCCAAUUGGCAUGUCUCCAUAUAAACUGGUAUUUGGGAAAGCAUGUCACUUACCCGUGGAGUUGGAUCAUAGAGCUUGGUGGGCAUUGAGGCAGCUAAAUCUCGACAUGGAAAUAGCGGGUACAAGUAGAGUCACAGAAUUGCACGAGCUUGACGAGUUCCGUUACCAUGCAUUUGAGAGUACAUGGCUAUAUAAGGAGAGAAUGAAGAUGAUGCAUGGAAAAAAUAUUCUUGAGCGAAAUUUUAAACCUGGAGACGUGGUAUUGCUAUACAAUUUGAGAUUGAAGUUGUUUCUGGGCAAGUUGAAGUCUAGAUGUUUGGGACCAUUCAGAGUAGUGUAG